AUGACUGCUCUAGUAACCGGUGGAGGCAGAGGAAUCGGGUAUGCCAUAGUAGAGGAGUUGGGUGGUUUUGGAGCUAAAAUCUAUGUAUGUGACAUAUCCGAGACUUUGCUCAAUAAAAGUUUAAGCGAAUGGGAAAAGAAAGGUUUUCAAGUGAGUGGUUCAGUCUGUGAUGUAACUUCUCGACCCGAGAGAGAAACUUUGAUGCAAAAGGUGAACAAUGUGGGUGGAGUUCGUUCAAAGCCAAUGAUAGAAUAUGAUGCAGACGAUUUUGAUUUCCAUAUUGCAACAAACUUGGAACCUGCUUUCCAUUUUUGCCAACUUUCACAUCCUCUCCUAAAGGCUUCAGGUUAUGGAAGUAUUAUCUUCAUUUCCUCUGUCGCCGGGGUUGUAUCAAUUGAAUCUGGAUCUAUUUGUAGUCUAGCGAAAGGAGCUCUGAACCAGCUAGCAAAAAAUUUGGCAUGUGAAUGGGCAAAAGAUGGCAUAAGGGCCAACGCUGUUGCUCCUAAUGUUAUCAAGACUCCUCUGUCUCAACCUUAUCUAGAUGACGUUAGAUUCAAGAAGGGAUUGUUUGGUAGAACUCCACUUGGUCGCGCUGGUGGGCCAAACGAAGUUGCAUCACUAGCCGUCUUCUUGUGUCUACCUGUAGCUUCCUACAUCACAGGUCAAACCAUUUGUGUUGAUGGAGGCCUCACGGUUAACGGUUUCUCCUAUCAACCGCAUGCUUAA